AUGUCGAUCCAACGCCUCGUCCGGUUUGUGUCCAGUGAUGAUGGCAAGACUUAUUAUGGUGCUGCGAACGAAUCUCUCAAGAACGCAAGAAUUCUUGAAUCCGGAAGCCCUUUUUCUACUUCAGCUCAAAUUUCCGGCAAGGAGCAUACAAUCCAGAAGCUACUAUGCCCCAUUGAUCUCAAUGAUGCCCGAUCUGUUGUUUGCAUCGGCCUUAAUUACACGGAUCAUGCCGAAGAGGCCCAGAUGCCUAUCCCCAAAGUCCCUGUUGUCUUUUUCAAGCCCGUGACGGCUCUUGCUGGCCCUCAUGAUGAUCUUGUCCUUCCUCAUACCUCUUGGGAGAAGGGAAGACUGGACUAUGAAUCAGAAUUGGUUAUUGUGAUUGGCAAAAAGGCCUCGAGAGUCUCUAAAGAUGACGCGCUAGACUACGUCUUUAGUUAUACAUUCCACGCUGGAAAUGAUAUCUCGAACAGGGCAUGGCAGCUGGACCCCCAACUGGGUGGGGGACAGUGGUGUUACUCAAAGUGUUUCGAUUGCUCAGCACCCAUCGGUCCAGCCAUCGUCUCGAAAGACAUUCUAGGCUCUGCAGUCGGACUUGGAAUUCGUGGCACACUCAACGACACACAAUCACAAGAUGGCAACACCAACAACAUGAUUUUUGGAGUCGCUGAGAUCGUUUCGUUCUUGAGUCAAGGCAUGACACUUCUACCUGGAACAUUCAUUUUCACUGGAACUCCAGCUGGUGUUGGAUUUGGCAAGAAGCCUCAGAUCAGCGUGAAGGAAGGCGAUGUUACACAAGUGGAGAUUGAUGGUAUCGGAGCCAUUGUCAAUAAGGUCGUAUACGAGUAA